AGCCGCCCAUCAGAAGACCAUCCCAGCCGAUCGUAGCGAUCGCAGCGCAUUGACGAUAAGCUUGCUGGUGGCGGGGAUGACGAAGCUGAUCACAUGUGGAUCUCCAUCUGCGGAGCGCCCGUUUGCUGCCUGAUUUGUAUUGCUCGAUUCCCCAGGCAUUCAGGCCAGGUCCCCGGCGACACCACGUGAUGCUGUCUCGAAAGAGUCGAUGCUCGCCGGUCCGCGAAACAAUUUUUGGAGCCCAGUCUCGACCAGUCUACAGCAAACCACUUCCCCUGUGGACCUCAAUGGCUGCCAGUGAACCCUCCAGAUACCUGGCAAGGUCAUUGCCACGGGCCUUGGUGCCCUCUUCGCGCCACCAGGCCUUCUGCUGGCGACGCAAUGUCUCCGAUCAAGCAUCGUCGACAUCCCCGUCCGCCGCCCUCAACGACCUGGAGUCGACCCCUCUGUCCGCAUCACUGUCUGACGACGUGGUGAGAUCCUUCAAGCCUAUUGAAAGAGCCAGAGCUCGCAAAACCCAACUACCUCGGAGUCGUUAUCAAUUCCGAUCCCCCAAAUACGACCGUGGCCCUCUCCACCCUCACCGGCCUCCUCCACCUUCUGAUCCUUCCUCUCGUGUCUUCGUCCCCGGCCCUUUCUCCCUUCCCCGUGUCGAGCAGACCUGGCAAUCAACUGUCGCAUCGGACAUUCUGACCCUCCUCUACGUCCACAACCCCCCGGGUUUCAAGCCCCCACCGAAGGCCCCUCGUCUCCGUACAUGGGACGAAAGUUCUCCGUACCACAAGAACAGACCUCUCCGUGGCCCCCGUGGUGGUGACGUUCUCCGCCUUCUCCGCAAACCGAUCACAUUUAACAACAUCCCCAAGAUCGAGCGCAUCACUCUCCACAGUUACGUUAAGCAGGCUGCCACGGAAAACUCGUCAUGGCUGCACGUUGCCGGUAUGGCCCUGCAAGCCGUCAGCAACGUCAAGGUGGAGACGUUCAAGUCGAAGACUAGCGUUGCCCAGUGGCAUAUCGCACCGGGUCGUGAUACCGUUGCCGUGAAGGCGGAGCUGCGCGGUGAGAACAUGCAGCACUUCUUUGGAAAGCUGGUUGAUAUCGUGAUGCCCAAGCUCAAGGACUGGCAGGGUGUGAAGGGUAGCAGUGGUGACAGCAGUGGAAACAUCACUUUCGGUCUUGAGCCGGAGGAGAUGGCUCUCUUCCCUGAGAUUGAGGUGAACUACGACAUGUACCCCCCCAAGAUGAUCCCUGGUUGCCAUAUCACCAUCCACACCACCGCUGCUACUGACAAGGACGCCCGUCUCUUGCUCAGUGCCUUGGGUGUUCCCUUCUACGGCAAGAUGGUCAACUAAUAAAGCGAGAAUAUACCACCACCAAGCACAUGCGUUAAGAAUGUCAUUGGCAUAGACGGUGUCGUUUCCGAUUCUGAUUUAUUGAGCAAACUCUUGUCAUCAUCUUCCCCGACUUCCGUGUUGGCCUUGAAUAUGUAACAUGAAGGAUAUAUUUGUGGUGUUGUUAGAUCUAUGUAAAAUACGCUCUGCUUUGGUACUUCAAUUGCACAUUUCAAUUACAGUUCACAUUUCCUCAUAUUUCAAUCAGAU